AUGAAUGGACUUCACGGUGUCCAUUAUCACAAUAGCGUCGACGGAUUCCCCAAGGAUUGUAAAUACCAGCCCAACACGGCGAUUGUGACCGGCGCCCUCGCUGACAAGUAUGACGUCCAGGGAGAGAUCGGCAGAGGAAAGUUUGCUGUGGUGAAGCGCUGUGUCAACAAAGAGAAUGGAGAAGUGGUGGCUGCAAAAUGUAUACGCAAGCGACGGCGAGGGAAGAGCUGUCGCGAAGAAAUUCUUCGUGAGGUGGUUAUGUUAGAGAUGGCUCUGGAACAUCCAAGACUAGUGGACCUCAAAGAAGUAUUUGAAAGUCCAAGUGAACUCAUCCUCAUAACAGAGUAUUGUUCAGGUGGUGAGCUGUUCACAGAGUGUGUGAUUGAGGAAUCGUUCAGUGAGAAGGAUGUUGUCCACAUGAUGGUUCAGAUUCUAGAGGGACUUGUCUACUUGCAUGAGAAAAACAUUGUCCAUCUCGACCUUAAGCCUCAGAACAUUCUGCUAACUAAACCCUUCCCACAAGGAACCAUAAAGCUGUGUGACCUUGGUUUCGCCUGUCUUGUCAACACUGGAGAAGAUAUACGUGAUAUCAUCGGCACACCCGACUAUGUUGCACCAGAAGUUCUGAGUUAUGAACCUCUUGGUCUCUACACAGAUAUGUGGAGUUUGGGAGUCUUGACAUACGUGAUGCUGACAGCCUGCUCUCCCUUUUCUGGUAAGACCCAGAAUGAAACAUUUCUCAACAUAUCCCAGGUAAACCUCGACUUCCCUGACAAUCUCUUCUCCAAUAUCUCACCUGGAGCCCAGGACUUUAUCCGACUCCUGCUGGUCAAGGAGCCCAGUGAAAGGUUAACAGCAAAGCAGUGUUUAGAACACUCAUGGAUAAAGAGUGCCAAUGUAGAAGGCCCACUGCUCGCUUCCAGCACGGUGCUUCACACAGAAAGCUGUUCUGAUCCAGCAGGCUCAUGUGAGUCUCUUCUGAAUGAGAGCUGUAGUGACUCAGUCAGCUGUAGUGACUCAGCAAUGAAGAGCGAGGAUGACAAUGAAGAUGACAUUGAAAACAGACUACUGAGUAGUGCACAGCUCAGUGGCAAAAACUCUAGUGAAAUCUGUGAAAACAAAAGCGAAAAUAAAAAUGAAAGAACAAAAUCAGAGGGCAUGGAAAACCUAUACAGAACUCGACUGGAAAUUAUACCUACAAAUGUUAUGUACAGAUGCAAUUCUUCAGAUGAUAGCAAAACCACUGAAGAUUCAGACUUUGAUGAGGCAAAGAAAGUUCAUAUGUGUUGCUCCACAGUGUGCCAAUCUUCAGAUAAGCAGGAUGUCAAUAGCAACAAUGGCAGAUCACCCACACAUAUAUGAUACUGACCAACUCUAGUUGUCAAGGGUAACGCCCUCACCUAUCCCAGGUUAUAGUUGUAAAGUGUAACACCAACACCUA